AUGAGUUUCUCAUCUCGGGACACAUCUCCAUCGCUUUCUGAUUCUCUCUCACCGCCAUUUCAGGACAAACAUGGAGAGAACUCUUGCGGUUUGCCAUCUCCAUCGCCGAUCUCUCAUCAAGCACAUGAUAAGAUCGAGCCGCCAGAAGGCAAAGCAUUUAUCAAGCGACCCUUGAAUCCGUACAUGUGCUGGGUGGUGAUCAAGCGCAAAGAGUUGACCAAAGCGAAUCCGAAAAUGAAAAUGAGCGAUGUGAAUGCAAAGUUGGGCGAGAUGUGGAAACAGCUGACUGAUGAGGAAAGACGGCCAUUCUUUGAGCAGUCGCAUCGAAGCAGAGAGGAGCAUAAAGUGUUGAUGAACGAGAAUCCACACUUGAUCUUCAAGCCAGUGAACAUGAAGAAGAAGAAACCCGAUGAGAAAACGCAAACACCAAAGACGCCAUCAAAUGGACACAAGAGUGCAAAUGGAUCUGAACCAAGCACUCCUGGCGCCAGUUCAUCGCAUUCGUUCAGUGGCUUUAAAGCUCCCGCUUUACCGCAUGGUCAACCGAUUUCAAAUCAUCACCACCACCAUCCAUCGAAUGUUGGCUCAUCUGUUGCUCAAGCUCUUGGUGUUCGAUACACAGCACCGCCUCAAGUGCAAAGUCAUCCUCCCGUUCCACAUCCAUCUCAAUUGCAACCGGGACAAAUGCUUGUUCAAAUCCCCGGACCACCAGUUUAUGCUAAACCGACGAAUAUGAAUCAAAGCCUUGAUCAGUAUUACCUCUCGCUUUGUCAACCGGCUUUCCCACAUCAAGGUGAAACGCCGAUGACUCAAUACAGCUCGAAUUUCUAUUGGGAGCAAGUUCAACAGAUUCAAUACCAAUCCGGACAUCAACUU